AUGGCCAUGAAACGCGUGGGGAGGCUGAGACGACGACUUCGCGAUCGUCCCCUCCGGCCCUCGGGAACAAAGACGUUUUCCAUUGUGCCGGCCUCCUCCCUUCGGUACUAUGUGCUGACCCCCGCCAUCCUCCCGACGACUUUCUAUCGAAACCGGCGCGACAAGCUCUUGCCCGCAGGCGGAGAAAGGGCUCUUGCGAUCAAGCUCAACCCCAUCGCUCAUCCAGAGAUCAAGAAGGAAUACUUUGGACAAAGGCUGGACUUCUAG